AUUGCUAUUUCUAAUCUUUAUAAGGAAACUAAAAAUAAUUUCAGUGAUGUAAUUUAUGAUUUGUAUAACAUGUCAAAUGAACAAAAUCAAAGACGUAUGAAAAUUAUUUCUGAUUUCCACUAUGGUGUUGUCAUGAAACAUGCAGAUCGUUUAAAUAAUGCUAUUAAACAUGAUAGAGAUUAUAGUUACAGUUAUUUUGGAUUCAAGACACUUKAAAAGUCAUAUUUAUUAAAAAUUAAUGGUAAAGUCGUGGAACGUCCUCAACAUUUAUUAAUGAGGGUUUCGAUUGGAAUUCACGGAGAAGAUAUUGAUGCAGCUAUCGAAACAUAUGACUUAAUGUCAUCAAAGUAUUUUACUCAUGCUUCRCCAACAAUGUUCAAUGCUGCUACACCUAGACCUCAACUUUCAAGUUGUUUUUUGGUGGCUAAUAAAUCAGAUUCAUUAGAAGACUUUGGUAAAACAGUUAAGACUUGUGCCAAGAUUUCUCAAUCUUCUGGUGGUAUUGGUAUACACUUACACAAUGUUAGUGCAGCUGGUACAACAUGGACAAAAUAUCCAAAAUAUGAAUCUCAUGGUCUUGUUGAACCAUUAAAAGUCCUUAAUGAUUUAGCUCAGUAUGUUGACCAAGGCGGAAAGAGACCUGGGGCAGUUGCUGUUUAUAUUGAGCCUUGGCACGCUGAUGUAUACACUUAUACCGAGUUACGUAAAAAUACUGGUAAUAAAGAAGAAAAAACUAGAGAUUUAUUUUUAGCUCUUUGGAUACCUGAUGAAUUUAUGAGACGURUUGAGGCUGAUCAACCUUGGAGCUUAAUGUGUCCACGUAAAUGUCCAGGUCUUUCAGAUGUCUGGGGUGACGAUUUUGUGAAACUUUAUGAAAAAUAUGAAAAUGAAAAACGUUACAACAGACAGGUACCAGCAAGGGAAUUAUGGUUUCGUAUAAUAACUUCUCAAAUUGAAACUGGUAUGCCAUAUGUACUGUAUAAAGAUGCCUGUAAUGCCAAAAGCAAUCAGAAAAAUCUUGGUACAAUUAAGUGUAGUAAUCUUUGUACUGAAAUCAUUCAGUACACUUCACCAGAAGAGGUAGCAGUAUGUAAUCUAGCUUCAAUUGCAGUAAAUAUGUUUGUUAAACCCAAUGGAGAAUAUGAUUUUGAAAAGCUUUUAAAAAUUACUAAAAUUGUCACUAAAAAUUUGAAUAAAGUAAUAGAUGUCAACUUUUAUCCUGUCAAAGAAGCUGAAACUUCAAAUAAACGGCAUCGCCCUGUCGGGAUUGGUGUACAAGGUUUGGCAGAUUUAUUUUUAUUGAUGCGAUUUCCAUUUGGCUCUCCCGAAUCUCGAAAGCUAAAUUUACAAAUAUUUGAAACUUUAUAUUAUGGCGCAUUAGAAGCUAGUUGUGAGUUAGCUGAAAAAUAUGGGACUUAUUCAUCUUAUCAAGGAUCACCAAUUAGUCAAGGAAUUUUGCAGUAUGAUAUGUGGAAUGUAAAGCCUACUGACCUUUGGGACUGGGAUAUAUUAAAAAAAAAAAUUGCUAAACAUGGAGUUAGAAAUUCAUUGUUAUUAGCACCGAUGCCUACCGCUUCAACAGCACAAAUUCUUGGAAAUAAUGAAUCUAUUGAACCAUAUACUACAAAUUUAUAUUACAGACGUACUCUUAGUGGAGAAUUCAGUGUGGUUAAUCGUCAUUUAUUAAACGAUCUAAUUAAACUUAACCUAUGGAACGAAGAUAUGAGAAAUGAAUUGAUUUACUACAAAGGAUCUGUACAGAAAAUAGAAAGUAUUCCAAACAACAUAAAAGAAUUGUAUAAAACGAAUUGGGAACUAUCUCAAAAAAUUAUAUUAGAUAUGGCUGCUGAUCGAGCAGCAUACAUUGAUCAAUCUCAGUCAUUAAAUAUCCACAUUGAGCAACCCACUAUUAGUAAAAUAUCCUCUGUACAUUUCUAUGGAUGGAAAAAGGGCUUAAAAACUGGUAUGUACUAUUUGCGUACCAGGCCAGCUGCUGAUCCUAUCCAGUUUACAGUUAAUAAAAGUACGCUGUCUAGUAAUGUUGCAAUUCAAACUGAAAAAAAUGAUGCACUAAGCAUGCAACAAUUAGUAUGUUCUUUGGAAAACAAAGACGCAUGUACUAUGUGUGGAGCUUAAUUUAAUGUAGUUAUGCAUUUGAUCUGUAAAUUAUCAAUGCAUCAAAUAAUUUUAUAUUCACUGUAAGAA